AGAAAGAAAGAAAGAAAGAAAGAAAGAAAGAAAUUUACUUCUCCAGGCUGUGCUCAAUGCCAAGCCUCUGGAUUGCAAAAAGCACUCUAACAACCCGAGCGAUCGCUCCGUUUCCUAGCCCAGCCCGUCGGCCAGAAAGCACCUCCCAAUGGCGGAGAAGCGAACCCUUGAAUCCGUGAGCACCAUGAGUUACAGCAAGCUUCCUCGACUGGAGGGGGAGCCAACCCACAUCCUCCCGGUGGGUUUGUGCCGGUCGAGUAGGCUGCCGGACCUCCCCUCAGAAGACCACUACAGUUACAAAGGCUCCUAUUUUACUUUCCCGUUCCCAUCUCAUGAAGCGCCUAAAACUUUAACUCACUGGUCAGCGGCUGAGAACUACAACCAUUGCCCGGCUGGCGCGCCUGACCGCUCUCCGAGGACAGAGAAAACAACCUGCCAGUCUGAAAUGGAAAGUUUGAAAGCUCGGCGGAGACUUGCGGCCUCUCAGAAGGUCAAUGAAUGUACCGCCCGCGAACAGUGGGCCAGCUACGUGGGUCAUGCGGGCGUCAUCCAGCAAGGUUGGCUGCAGGGAUACCCAACCCAACAGCUCCCUCCAGCUCCUGCAGCUUGUUCCACCUUGGCGGCCCCCAAACCGGUUUACCAAAGCCACGCAUACGGGGCGGAAUCGGGCUACGCUCCCAAAAGGGCUUUGGCCUUCCGAAUGCAGGUGGAGAACUACUCAAAACGUUUGGAAUGGUCUUCCCCGUCCUCUGUUUUGCCCACGGGUGCCGAGAGUCGGGGUUACGGCACAGCCGGGUCCAAGAAGACCUCGGUGGCCGAGAACAGCGUGGUGCAGUUCCAACACGGAUCCAAAGAGGGCGCUGUCCACUCGUCUGGCUUCAUGCCUUACCAUAAGGCGUUGGAGAAAUGCCAGGGGGCACAGAAUGGCUCUUCCAGCUACGCCUCUGUCAGCCAUAAAAGCAACUCCGAGUCCCCAGCAGGUAGCAAUUCGAGAAAACACAUGUGGUCCAGGCUACCGCCGUCACCUCUUCCUCCUCCUCCUCCUCCUUCCAGCUUGCUGCUGAAUUCCCAGGAUCUGGCAUACCAAGAGCGAUCACCUUCAUGCUACCCUCUAGGAUCGUAUCCUCUCACUUCUCACGAACAGAUGUUGUUGUAUCAUCAGAGCUACGUGCAAGCCGAAAAAACAAACUCGGUCUUUGCUUUGGCGGCCUGUAAAGGUUUUGGGUCUCCUCCGGGCCAUGAAGAUGGUCAGGUGUUCCCCAGGUCAUAUUUUCAACAAACCUCUCACAGCUAUUAUCCCGGGCAUCUGGAGAGCUACCUUUACCAGGCCAUGGGCCCACCUCCGUUGACCCCCUCUGAAGAGCUUCACCCUUCAAGGGAACACGAGCAUUCACACAAUGCGACGGCCAAGGGGGACUUCUCCCCCAAGACUCCUGUUCCUGCCUGUGCUGUGCCUGAAAAGCCUGCUUCAGCUUGUAGUCCUUGGCGCAGCCAAGGUGGCCUUCCAGACUGGUGUGAGAGUAGACGUGUUGCAAGAGAAGCCAACGCAAACUCUUCCACUCUGCAAGCUUUCCCUUCCAUUCAUCAAGUAGACCGGCUGUCUCAUUGUUACAACAGGGUUGAAAAGAUGGAGGAAAGUGGUUGCAAGAAGGAUCUUUGCCCACCAGAAAAGGUGACUGAGAAGGAGGAGGAAUCUUCUGAGACGCACAAAAACUUGUCCUUAACUUAUGAAUCUAGGAAGAGAAGCAUCGACACACACAAUAAUGAACCGGGAGGUUGCAUAAUUGUUCCUGAUAGCCCGGUUAUCUCCCACAAUCCCUACUCCAAACCAGUCCUGCCCAAAAAUGUUCUGAAGGCUCCUAACAUCCAAUCUACAUCUCAUGGACAAUGGUCCCCAGAGGAUCAGCUGGAGGGACUCCACAAACGGCGUGAAGGUUCCUCAAUGUCUUCCCCUCCCAUGCCUGUUAUCAACAACGUCUUCAGUUUAGCUCCAUACCGAGCCUACUUAGAAGGUUCUGCUGAUUUGGUGGAACUGGACACCACUAAACAUUGUCAGGCCGAGGAGUUGCCUCCCAAAAGUGGAGGCAAGAAUGUGGACAACGAAUGUGCGCCUUGGGCAGGCUCUCAAAGAACAACCAAAGAAUCGAGGCUGAAUCUGCCUAGGGAGGAAGGAACCACUCACAAUACAAGAAUGAAAAGUGGAGAUGCUGGCUUGAAUAAAGAUAGUCUCCCAAUAGGACAAGGGGGUGGAGAUUAUGCUGGCUCUUGGGAAAGCUACAAGGUCCCACUUCUGAAUCCAACCGAUCUUGUAUCUUGCCAACCAUUCCCUGACAAUCUUUCCAAUGGUAGAGUUGAGAAGCUUGCUCAAGAAGACCGUGUCUUGGAUCUCAGCUUUAAAACGGAAGACUUGGCAGAGAGAUCUGAUCUUCUGCAACCUUGCAAGAAAGCUAAGGCUCCAGAUGUUGGAGGUCCAAAGAUCCAAGGUGAAGAAGUCCAGGAGAAAGCAGCCAACAGCCAGGGUUCUGUCUCCCAGGCGAAUGGAGAGACCUUGGUGCUGCCCAUCAACGGUGAUGCUAGAGGUAACCGACAUUUCCACAGCUCCGCGGCAUUUCUAUUCAAGAAAUUCAAAGUCCUAAAAGCACAUGCAGCAGAAGCGGCCUCUGGGGUCAAGGAUGCCUCUCUCCCAAAAGGUACUGACUCACAAGUAACUCAGCCAAACAGCCCCUUGCUUGGUCUCAGCCUUCCCCAGACUGCGACGCCAUCCGAAACUCUGAUCUUGCAAAUCAAGUGCUUGAAUGCUACACUGCCCGAUGCGUCUACGCUCUUGCUUCCUAGUGGCCCUCCUGGAUCUCCUGCCCUUCGAGAGACCCAGGUUCUGGAUCCUGCCACUGAAAAACUUCUUGGUCAAAAGAAGCCACCCAGGCAAUAUUUCACCGCGUUGCAUUCCUGUGUCUGCACCAUAAUAUCUGGUUCGGUGUCUACCUCCUCCCCUGAUCAGCUCAAGGAAUGGCUGGAGAUGGCCGAGCCCACAGUGGGGCUGCAGGAGAAGGCUGUCGGUUCCACCAAGCCCAAAAAUGGUUUAAAGGUCUCUGAAGGCCCCAAACUCUCCAAGGGCAAAGAGAUCUGGUUGGCCUUUAAGGAUGUAGAGGUGCUUGUCAAGAAGUUGCAGUCUGAACUGGAGAUAUUCCUGCUCUAUAAUAAAUGUCCUUUUCCUCACGUGAUGCGAGCUGGCGCCAUCUUCAUCCCUAUUCACGUGGUGAAGGAAGAACUCUUCCCCAAUCUUCCUGGUGUGUCGGUUGACCACGUCUUGCAGGACCACAAGGUGGAACUGCGUCCUACCACGUUGUCUGAAGAGAAGGCGUUGAGGGACUUGGACCUCAAGAGCUGUACUUCUCGGAUGUUGAAGCUGCUGGCUUUGAAACAGCUGCCGGACAUUUACCUGGACCUCUUGACCCUUCAUUGGCACGAGUGCGUCAAGCAGCAGCUUGAGGAUCCUGCGAAGUUGAUCCCAAACAGUGAUAUUGAGGCGUUAGGAACAGAUGCAACUACCGAAUCUCUUGACCAGGACUUCCGAGAGAAGAAUACCAAAGGCAAGACAUGUGGAUUGGCAGCCUCUUUGGGGACAACGUCCUUGCAUUAUGAGACUCUCCAACCAGAAGAUAAAGAGAUCCUGGCCAGAUGUUCCUCACCUUCCCUACAACGUGGUUGUGUGCUAACAGGGAUGAAGGUGCUUCCUAAGGAAGAUGCGGCCUUGGAGACUGAGGGACUCGCUCUUUGUCCUGGUGCUAGGAGGCCAUCCCAUAAACAGCCAAGGACUCUCAAGGUUAAAUUGACGGCGAAGGUUGCUAGCAGGACCACCAGGGCUUCCAAGAUCCUUCACCUCCGAAAAUCCAUGGUUCACAUCCAAUUCCAGAAUGCUCUUCAGGACAUUCAAGGACCUCAGAUACUUGGUCCUUCAGGGAAGGGGAAGAAAGUCCCAUCACCGCUGCUCCUAAAGCGUUUCAAGCGCCGGAGACACAGUCGUGCCAAGGUUUCUUCCUUGCCCUCUGAGUAUCCAGAACUUGUUGGGAAGAGGAUCAGGCACUUGUAUGAGGAGAAGGACAAGACAGAGGCCUGGUAUCAAGGCGUGGUGCUUCGCAUUCACAAACCCCACAAGAACCCUUUGAAGACAGUUUAUGAGGUGAAAUAUGACAGCGAGCCAGAGUGGCAAUAUUACCUCGAGAUUCUGCAGGAUUAUAAGAAAGGUUGGGUGGAGCUGGAAGAAUGAGUAAAUGGGUGUGUGUGUGUGUUUGUGUGUGUGUGUGU